GAGUAUUAAUCCUCAGCUUCCCACAGAGGGGAUUCAGAAGGGAUUCUGCGACUGAAUAGUAUCCUCGCUGGGAUUUAAGCUUUGGGUAUGAGUAGUACAGUCGGGAGGCGACGGACAGUGUUGUGGCUUUUGCUGCGCAACAAGUAGGUGCUUUAAGCGCAUGCGCGGUGCUAUGAAGCCGCUACACACGACAGAGUGCGAGCAGAGUCGCUCGCGCGCGGAGACCCUCGCGGCUGAUGUGGCAGUUAUUUCCGGUUUUCUGAGCAUCCAGGACAAACAGCGAGGGAGAUGAAGAGUGCAGAAAUGCACUUCACUGCAUUACAGCAUUAUCAUGAUCAGGUCUUCUGCAUGAUAGACUGACCCCUCCUCUGCUGGCCGUGUAUAUCCCCUUUCUGCUGUGGUGUGUGUGCGACUGAGUGUGUGAGUGACGUGUGCUCCAUGGUGACCCAUGGGCCGCUCUCCCAUCAGCCUGUCCACACUGAAGCUGGGGAGGUUAAAGGUCAUCCGCAGGCAGCUGCUUCAGCGCUACGAGCACCAGCCCUUCGUCUCCUGCCUGGCUGGACUCUAUGGCUGCCAGUGGAGGCGCUAUCAGAGGGCCAGAGCCCAACCUGGGGAGUGCUGCUGUAGCAGGUUGGAGUGUGCUAGUUUUAUCCUGCUCAUCAUCACAUUUUUCCUGACACUUGUCUUCCUGUAUUUCUGGAGCGAGGCUCAGAAUGACUACGAUGACUUUGAUUGGUUUAACUUUGGGAAUAUGGGCUUCUGGUUUCCCUGGUCAGUGGUGCUGCUGGUGGUGGCUGCGGCACUUUUCACCUACAUCGCCCUCCUGCUGGUGUUAGCAGUGUGUCUUCUCUCUGAGGGACAGAGGCUGUAUCUGCACUGGAGCCACAAAAUUGGUAUUCUGGUGACCCUGAUGUUCUCUGUCAGUGCCACAGCUGUGCUCUCGGAUGUAUGGAGCAAAGAGUGGCAGACGCUCCUCCUGUCCUUUCAGGUCACAGCACCUUUUCUGCACAUGGGUGGAGUCUCACUCAUGGUUCUCCUGUCUUGGCCAAUAGCCUUACACUUCUUUCGAAUGAAUAAGAGAGUGAGGCAGGUGGCUAUCCUGGGCUCAUACCUGGCUGUUCUCUUUGCCUUGUACUUGAUUCCUCUGGGCAUGUAUUCCCCCUGCAUUAAAGAAAAGGGCACGCUGGGCCCAGCACCCAUUCUCAUCGGGCACAGAGGAGCUCCCAUGCUCGCACCAGAGAACACACAGCUGUCCUUCCAGAAAGCUGUGGAGGCUGGAGGAGAGGGAUUAGAGACUGAUGUCACUAUUAGCUACGACGGUGUCCCCUUCCUCAUGCACGACAGCACACUGAGGAGAACAACUGAUGUACGCAAGGUGUUUCCCAACCGGACAAACACUCCAGCAGCCAUGUUCACCUGGGCCGAGCUGGAGAUGCUCAAUGCUGGAGCCUGGUUCCUGCAGAGGGAUCCAUUUGGCACAGCCUCAUCUUUGGACCCAGAUGAUCGAGCCCAGGUGGAGAACCAGACGGUGCCCACACUGAAAGAGUUUUUGGACUUAGCUGCACAGCACAGGAGUUUGGUGAUCUUUGACCUCCGUCGGCCACCUCGAGGUCACCCAUACCGGAACACAUGGAUCACUCGAACCCUGGAGGUCAUCCAUAAUGAAUCCUCCAUUAACUCUAGCCAGGUGCUGUGGCUUCCAGCAGAUCAGAGGGAAGUGGUGCAGGAGCUGGACCCGGAGCUGCAGCAGACUUCAGGGAGCCGAGCGUCCAUCGAGGAGCUGCAGGAGAACAACAUUGUCCGCCUCAACCUGCACUACAGCUCUAUGUCCCAGGAGCAGAUCAGUAAAUAUGCCUCUGUGAACAUCAGCACUAACCUUUACGUGAUCAGUCAGCCAUGGCUGUUCUCUCUGGCCUGGUGUGCUGGAGCUCAUUCGGUCACCACCAACGCACCGCACCUUCUCAAGAUCCUCCACAAGCCCAUCUUCCUCAUGACUCCGCACGAGUACAGUCUGAUGUGGAUUCUAACCGACGUUGUGUCUGCCAUCCUCAUCACAGCUGUUUUCAUAUUCCACUGGUGGCGAGAACGAGGCUUGCCAUUCUGGUCAGACAGCAAGCAAGUGCACGAGAAUGGGCUGUACAGCAAAUUUAGGACUGAUUCACCCGAAGUUCACUGUAUUCGCUGGAAUCCUCUCUUCUCUGAAGAUUCACCAUGGAGCGUGUUCUCAGUGGCUCAGGAACUUGCCCCUCCCCUGCAUGCCCCCUUGUAAUGGUGUGACCUUUCACCUCUCCUGUCCUCUGAAUAACCCCACUCUGGUUUUUCUCUCCACCCUCCUUCACCUGUUCUGGGCAGAACUGAGUGAUGUCUGGUCCAUCUCCAGUCUCAGUGUGCGAGGGGAGGGACGGAGCGGCCCCACAACGCCAAACCUGCCCACCAUCACAGAAGAGCCGCAGGUCUGAGAGAAAAGAGCGAUGAGAGAAAAGACUGUUUCUCUGUUUCGACUCCAUAAAGCCAUCCGUCCAUCCUUCUGUCCAUCACUGAAGCCUGUGAGCUAUGUUGCCAGAACAUUUUCUUUUGAGAUUCAGACUGAGAUUUGAACCACUACUUCAUAGAGAACCAGCUGCGUAUGAAGCAACCAGCAUCUUCUCACUAAAACACAACCAAAAAAACGCCAGCAUUCAUGAAAUAUUUAUCAAAUGCUCCUUUUUUUUUAAUUCCGAAAUUAUGAUCAGUCUGUGCCAUUAUGAACUCCUUUGGAAAUGUACGGAUACUCGUAUUUGAGAAGAAAUGCUCUCUCAGUGCUCAUUCAGUCAUCAGCAGGUGGAAAAAACAAGAAAAACUUAAUGCACUUUGUGUGAUAUGUGGAUAAACAUAAAAGCAUAUAGAUAUAAAAAGUUUUGCUACAAUAGAAUUGUAAUGCUACUGUAUUAUAGCUUUACAAUGAAUGUAUCUUAUCAAAAAGCUGAAUAUAAGCAUGACUGCAAAAACACACCACUGAGCUUCUGUUGCUUCUGCAGCGCUGUCCAAGUGGCCAAGUGAUAAAUUUACAAACCAGUAUAUGUAUUUAAUCAACGUUCAGUAGUCAAUACCUAGUGGCUGUCAGUCAUGCAACAUUGGAGUGCAAGAAUAAACCUUCCAGACUUUUCUAAAGCCUUCAGAGACAAUCAGUGCUAACAGUUACAGACUGAGGCUGUUUUCACAAGGAUAGUUUGGCUUAAAACACACUGAUAUGGGCCGCUGGAAUGUUUAAGUGAUUGUAGGUGCUUUUGUUCCCAUGUAACAGGGAAACUCAAUUCAAACAUGGAGAAACAUUUAAUUUCUUUAUUUUUGAAGGCAUCUUUGCUCUACAGCAUUUCUUUGUAUGUGCCUAAGACCUUUGCACAGUACUGUAUAUUGUGAAUCAACACCUUUAUCGAAACACUAAAUGAGAGAAUAUCUUUUGGAAGAAUGGUAUUUAUCCCUCCAGGUUCAGGUUCUCUGAAACUGACCAGUUGAAGAUUAGAAGAUUAGAAGAGUGGUUAUUUGAGUUACUGUAGCCUUCUUGUCAGCUCAAAUCAGCCUGGCUAUUCUCCUGUAAGCAUUCUCAUUAACAAGGUGUUGCUGCCCACAGAACCGCUGCCCACUGUUUUUUCUUUUUAAUUUUCCGCACAUUUCUGUGUAAACACUAGAAAUUGUUGUGUGUGAAAAUCCAAGGAGAUCAGCAGUUUCUGAAAUAUAUGAUUUGGUGCUUGUUGUAUAACAUAUUGAUACUGAAAAGUCCUUGUGAAUACAGCCUAAUACGAGAAGUGGAGACAAUCUGUAUUUACAGAAACAUUUAGGGAAAGAUCAAUACAGUCUGUCUUGCAAAAUGUGCAAUUAUGGGAUUCUUGCCAUCUGGAGGUCCAAAACAAAACACAACUGCAAAUCGUUGCUUAAUAAAAGUAAAGUAAAAGUAGACGUAGUGUAGAAAUAUUGUAGCUGUAGGGUAACAUGAAACAGUUUACACUAAGCACUUUCAUAUGUAAGCUGUUACAGUAAACACACAGCUAAAUUAGCCAACAGUGACGAACGAAUCCUGUGCAUUCUGUGUCAUGCUACAUUCAGAACAUUCCUAGUAGAUUGUAAUAAAUAAUGCAGCCUUUGCACCUAUACAUGGCUUGUAUUUAUUUAAAUUUAAUACAUCUUAAUACAUUUAUUUUGCUGUAAAUAUAAUAUUAAUGAAAUUAAAAAAGGUGUUCUGAAUAAGUAAGGGCUUUUUCAUAGCUGUACAUAUGUGUCUUUUUUUUGUUUUCAACAUAAGCAAAGCAGUGGAGUUGCAACUCUCAAGUUCAACCAAUUUGUUUCCUGGACGUUCCACAACAUUAAAUGUAACUAUAAAUGGAAAAAA